CACACACUCUGUUGGCUUCUUCCGAUUCGCCGCAGUAGCACACUCAGUCCUCGCUCCGAUGGCGCCGCCGGUCGUUGACAAAGACUACCUCAAAGAAGUCGAUAAGGCUCGCCGUGAUCUCCGCGCUCUCAUUUCCAAUAGAAACUGCGCUCCGAUCAUGCUCCGACUAGCGUGGCACGAUGCUGGUACUUACGAUGCGAAGACGAAGACCGGUGGGCCUAAUGGUUCGAUUAGGAACGAGGAGGAGUAUACUCAUGGUUCCAAUAGUGGAUUGAAGAAGGCUGUUGAUUUUUGCGAGGAAGUGAAGUCUAAGCAUCCAAAGAUUACUUAUGCAGAUUUAUACCAGCUCGCUGGUGUUGUUGCUGUUGAGGUCACUGGAGGGCCCACUGUUGAUUUUACUCCUGGAAGGAGGGAUUCAAAAAUUUCUCCCAAGGAAGGACGACUUCCAGAUGCCAAAAGAGGUGCACCACAUCUGAAGGACAUCUUCUAUCGAAUGGGGCUAUCUGGCAAGGAUAUUGUUGCCCUCUCUGGGGCGCAUACGCUGGGAAGGGCACAUCCUGAGAGAUCUGGUUUUGAUGGUCCUUGGACUCAGGAACCUCUGAAGUUUGAUAACUCAUACUUCGUAGAAUUGCUGAAAGGAGAAUCAGAGGGACUUCUGAAACUGCCAUCAGAUACAGCUCUAUUAGAUGAUGCUGAGUUCCGUAAAUUUGUUGAGUUAUAUGCAAAGGAUGAGGAAGCAUUUUUCAGAGAUUAUGCUGAAUCACAUAAGAAGCUAUCUGAGCUUGGAUUUACUUCAAGUUCCGCCAAAAUUAUUACAAAGGAUAGCACCGUACUGGCACAAGGCGCAGUUGGAGUUACAGUUUGUGCUGCUGUUGUGAUCCUGGGUUACCUAUAUGAAGCUCGCAAAAGAAUGUAGACUCCAUCAGCUGAUUACCUUAGAUCAGUUAUGAAUAAGUGACACCUGAUAUUGUUUCAUUUUUUCUAUUUUCGAUUAGAUUGGGAGUGGUCUGUACUUCACAUCGUUGAUGACAUUAAUAACCCAUUCCUUCACUGCAGCUUAGCUGCUACAUUUACUAUUAGAAACUUGAGUCAUCUUGAAGUAAAACAACAUAUCACGCAGCUGACAUGAAUACUCAUAAUCAUAAAAU